AUGAAAGGGAAAGCACCCGGUAAAAAGAGCGCAAAGCUGAACUCUGAGAACAGCUCGAAAGGUGGGAUCAAAAAGCAGCAACGGAUCAAGACUAGGCUGAAAAUCGAGCAAGUUAACAAGGAGUCCUUUUUGAUUUCCGAGCUCAACCAAAGAGACGAUAAGAAAACUGCGAAGUCCAGCUCUGAAACUCUAAAGGUCAAGAGCUUAUUGAAAGAUCAUCAGAAGGACAAAGAUACGCGGGAGGCGUCCGAGCAAAAAAAGAAAGACACAGACGACCAUAUGCUGCGGCAACUAGAACAGAUCUCUGGCUUUUCUCUUUGA